AUGCCUACACGGUUCUCAAACACUCGCAAGCACCGCGGUCACGUCUCAGCCGGUCAUGGACGUGUAGGCAAGCACCGCAAGCAUCCCGGAGGUCGCGGUCUCGCUGGUGGUAUGCAACACCACCGAUCCAACUUCGAUAAGUACCAUCCUGGUUACUUCGGUAAAGUUGGUAUGCGUCGCUACCAUCUUACGCGCAAUCUCCAAUGGUCGCCAAUCAUCAACGUCGACAAGCUCUGGACACUUGUACCUGCAGAGGAGAAGGAGGGCCUGACGGAGGACUCAGAGGUUGUUCCCGUGAUCGACAUCCUGCGUCACGGCUACGCCAAGAUUUUGGGCAACGGACAAUUGCCCAAGCUGCCUUUCAUUGUAAAAGCACGUUUCGUCUCGGCCAAGGCGGAGCACAAGAUCAAGGAGGCUGGCGGCGUUGUGAAGUUGAUUGCAUGA